AUGGAAGGUUGGCCCGGUCCACUUUACCGCUACCGUGUUGUGACAGACUCUCCUAGACCGGAAAGCUAUCGUGAGGAUAUUGAAAGCGCCGCCCAUUUGCGUGAAGGUGUGUUGCCUGCUGGACGAGUUUUUCAGGAAUCCGAAGCAGACAAACAGAAGCUGUGGGGUGAUAUUGCCGCUGCUGCCGAAAGUGGACGAGAUUUCUCAAGCCGCUGGUUUGGGCUUACAGGACCAUUAGCCGGAAAACUUGAGUCAACUAGAACCAGUUCAAUUGUACCUGUAGACUUGAAUGCCAUCAUCUGCGGAAAUCUCCAACUGAUGGGCGACCUCUACGAUGCCAUCGGUGAUAUCGAUGGCUCCAAAUGGUGCGCUCAGUCAGCAGAUUUGAUGAAACAGACGAUCCAUCAGGUAGCUGAAGCUCAUACUAAGAAUCUGCUAAAACGUGUCUUAUUCAGGUCCUCUGGAAUGAUAGCGUUGGUUGCUGGUUUGAUUUUGACAUUGAGAACGACAAACAUCUCCACAUGUUCAAUGACACCAAUUUCUUCCCAAUGUAUACCAAAGCCACCCAUGCUAGUAAGUAAUAGCCGUCCUAGAAAAUCUCUUCCAAGCCGAAAUCCUGAUUUUUCAGCCUUCGAUUCUGAAUGUAUUGUGAACUACCUAAGGGCAACCGGUGUUCUUGAUUUCCCCGGCGGUGUGCCAAGUUCUUUGGUCGCAAGUGGACAACAAUGGGACUUUCCGAACGCUUGGGCGCCCACAAUGUGGAUUCUGAUUGAAGGGUUGAGAAUGAACGGCCAAAAGGAAAUUGCACUAGAAAUCGCUGAGAAGUGGGUGAGGAAAAACUUCAACAUGUGGAGAGCCAGCGGUGGAAAGAUUUAUGAGAAGUACAACGUGGUCUCCGCCUGUUAUAAGAUCAUUGGUGGAGGCGGCGAAUACGAGAUGCAAGAAGGAUUCGGCUGGACAAAUGGAGUUUUGCUGGACUUGCUGGUCACCUAUGGCAAUCAAUUGGUUUGGUCACCAGCUGAUGAAUGUCAAUGCUGUGUACUUGAUUGCAUCUGCCUUGUCUAA